AUGUCAUUUAUUCGAUUUCAAUUAAUUCUUCCAGGAUGGAUUCAGGACUACACAGACACUUCAAACGAAUUUAAACAGUAUAGAACAUUUUGCAACGGAAAGAAAGGACAACGGAUAGUUGAUCAGUACAUGUCAACCGUCCGUACGUCCCAUUCGAAUAUUAUUUCAGAAAUCCAGGGCAUGGCGGAUGGGGCGGAAGUGAAGUUUGAAGAGCUUUUUCUGUUGCAGAUUUCAUCAGAACUAAAGUUUUGUCACUUGAAAGAAAUGUUUAGAAGAACGGAUGACAAAGAAAAUGGUGAGAAAGGGUGCACUGAUGUUCUGGUUAAUAGGAAACAAUGCAGGAUUAUCGGACAUAACGACGACUGGACAGAAGACGUGUCUUCCUACGUUUGUAUUGUGCACGUGACUAUAGCAGACGAGAAAGAGCGCGUGAUUGAGCAGUUUGUAUCUUUCAAUUACCCGGGUUAUUUAAAUGGAUUUUGCUUUGGAAUGAAUAAGUCUCUGGUAAUAACCCUGAACUCAUUAUCACCAAAGAAAGUAAACAGGACAGGAGUUCCCAUUGCAAUACUGAUGCGUUCACUACUCGCGUGUAAUACCAUUGAAGAAUGUUCUUCUGCCAUGGAAAGUAAACCGUAUGGAUGUGCUUACGGGCUGGGUAUAAAUAUUGCCGCUAUUAAUGGAACCAACAUGUGCUCGAUGGAAGUAUAUCCACUGCAGGGAAAGACUGAGGUCAAGGUCAGAAACGUUCCUCUCGAGGGAGAUGCGGACGAACAGUGUUACUUCUUUCAUCAAAAUCAUUAUAAACACAUAGCUGCUGAAGAAACUGGACCUUGCACUGGAUCAAAGCUUCGAGACAAGAGAACCAGCGAAAUGCCUGAACCGGAAACUGUUGAUGACGUCAAAGCUAUUCUUGGUGAUACAGAAGAUGGCGUAGAACCAGUCUAUCGCAUGCCUUGUGCUGCACACUAUGCACCGGAUGUGAAAACGGUGGCAACUGCAAUUUUCAGUAUCACUGAAAGACUGUUACAUGUCUACCGAGCCAAUCCCAAGCUAGCAUCAGCUCCUUGUCUGACUCUGCCAUUUCUGUGAGGAGUAGGGGAGAUUAUGCUUGGAUGUGUUCUUUUUCAGUAUGCUAGAUAUAAGUUUCGAAAGAGAAUGACCAGUAGACUACGAGAAAACCUCAUCAAUGAUAAAAUAUGAAAAUAUUCAGACUAUAUUCACACAUACUGCAUUUUCAGCCCACCAUCAUCAGAUGGUGGGCUAUUCAGAUCACUCUGCGUCCGUGGUCCGUCCGUCCGUCCAUUAACAAUUUCUCGUUAUUGCAUCUUCUCAGAAACUACUGGGCGGAUUUUGACCAAACUUUGUCAGAAUGAUGUGUUGGUACCCUAGUUGUGUCCCCCUGAAAAUCAGACUGGUUCAACAAUGUUUUAAUGAGUUAUGGCCCUUUGUCUAUUUUGAUUUCUAAUAUCGUCAUUUUAGCGCAGAAAGUGAGUAAGUCAAUGCAGUUAUCCACUUCAUGCGUUGAGGUGACGAUAUAAUUUUAUAUCCAAUGGCCCUCCAGGUAGUUAAUUGGUUUUUUAUGGCCUUACCUGUAGAAGGAUCAUAAAGUCUGCAGACACUAAUGAGAUAAUGAUUCAAGUUGUCCAUUAUUGUCCAUUAUUUUCCUAUUACAACUCAGCAGUGAAUUGAUUACCCUAGUAGAUUGAUGAUUAAUUUGUUUAGUACUGUUUAGUACUGAAAUUUCUGGGUUUAAUUAUUAAUUAAGAUAUAUGUAAUUAUAUGUGCAUUCUUUGUUUCCAUAAUAAGAAAAAAAAAAUAAUUGCGUCAUUAAUGAUGUCAUCUUUCUUGUUUAGGGUAUGGGUCUAAUUAUUUAAUAGUUAUAAAAUAAAUAAUUUUAAUUAUGUGCAUUCCCUGUUUCCGUAAAAAAAGAAAAAAAUACAUAUAACGCAUAAAUGGUGUCAUCUCUCUUGUUAACUUUUGUACUGGGUUAUUUCCCCUUAAAUUCCAAGAAUAAGUCUAUUUUUAGAUUUUCAAUAUUUUAGGUAUUUUUCUAACUUUUUUUAUUAUUAGUCCUAUCGAAAAAGAAAAUACACUUUUCUGUGGGAACAUGUGUUGGUAAGACACUUUUUUGUAUUAAUUUUAGUGUAUCUCUAAUAUUAGAGAUUUUUAUAUUAGUCUUUAAAUUUGGAACAUUAAAAAAUGGCACAAUAGUGGGCGCCAAGAUCACUCUGUGAUCUCUUGUAUUACAAUUAAUUCCUUACCUCAAUCAUACGGGACUUCAAUGCGCUUCCAGAUGAAAUACGUAAUGCUUGUUCUUUAGCGUCCUUUAAGCAUAUAAUGAUGUCCCUACUGUUCUAAAGUACUUUCUGACAGGAAUGAAAAAAAACACAAAUACUUCAUACAAGGCUACGUACGCAUUGCAUUGCAGCUCUAUAUCUUCUGAGCUUCAUGCCAAAAACAUUACUGAAUCUCCAAUGAAUGCGGGGAUGUAGAAACUCCCUAUCACUAUUUUUUCGUAUACCUGAGAUAUUCUUACUUAAGAAUACAAUUGUUUCAUGUUAAUCCCAGUUUUGCACUCCAUCAUUUAAUGUUAUUUUACAAGGUGAUCCUGCCCUAUCAGAUGAAACCAACGUAGAAAUCUUUACUGCUGUUUAGUGUUACAUUGUUAAAUCCAAAAGAUAAAGCUUCUCGUCCAAUCCUUUAAAAUUAUUGUAUAUUUAUACUCAUAUUGUGAAAAUAAUUCAGAAAUUAAAUAUGUUUAAA